CCCUGCUGACGGACGCGCGCGAGCGGAGGGCUCCGCGCAUCCCCGGCUCCCGCUCAGCGCUGCUAACUACCCACCCGGCGGCUCCGCGGCGGGGCGGAGUCCGCGAGAGUUUGCCCCGGAGAUCGGGGAACUUUCCGGCCGAAGCUCCGCUUCCACGAAAGCACUACCUGCCGGCGCCCUCCGCUGCUCGUGCCGCUUGCGAGGUUACUUUGUGGAAUGAGUGCUUAAGAGAAAAAGGAAGGAUUGAAGCUCUGGGGGAAACCAAACCAUGUGCUCUUCAGAAGUAAGGAGAGAUGCAACCCUCUGAAUUGGUCAUGAACCCCAAACAAGUCUUCCUGUCGGUGCUGCUGUUUGGCGUAGCAGGGCUACUCCUCUUCAUGUACUUGCAAGUCUGCAUUGAAGAACAACACCCAGGGAGAGUAGAGAAGAGAAGAGAACAAAGAGUGACUUCAGGAUGGGAACCUGUAAAUUACUUGCGAUCUACACCCAGAAUCAUGACUAAAGAAAAAAUCCAGGAACAUAUCACCAACCAGAACCCCAAGUCCCACAUGCUCAAGGAUCCCAAGGAUAAACCAGCAAAUCUACUCAACUCCAAGAGCCCUACUAGGGUCUUCACGGAGACCAACCACUCCCAAGGAGAGGCUCCAGCUUUGAGCAGGAACCCAGGGUCACCAACAAUUCAGUUGACUGAAAAACAGCAAGGGACGAAGAUCCUCUUUAGGAAGUUCAGCGAAACGAAUUGGUCAGUAGACAUUCGGCCUUUAAAUAAAAGCUUAGUCACAGACAGCAAAUGGAAGAGAAUUGAUGCAACUCAAGAAAAACGUAGGUCUCUCCUUCAGGAAUUUUGCAAGAAAUAUGGUGGGGUGAGUCGUCCUCAAUCCCACAUUUUUCACAUGGUCUCCAGGAUCUACGUAGAAGAUAAACACAAGAUCUUGUAUUGUGAAGUACCCAAGGCUGGCUGCUCCAACUGGAAGAGAAUUCUGAUGGUGCUCAACGGCUUGGCCCCCUCUGCGUACAACAUCUCCCAUGAUGCUGUUCACUACGGGAAGCACUUGAAAAAGCUAGACAGCUUUGACUUAAAAGGGAUUUAUAGUCGUUUAAACACCUACACCAAAGCUGUGUUUGUUCGUGAUCCCAUGGAAAGAUUAGUGUCAGCAUUUAGGGACAAAUUUGAACACCCCAAUAGUUAUUACCAUCCAGUAUUUGGAAAGGCAAUUAUAAAGAAAUAUCGGCCGAAUGCCUGUGAAGAAGCAUUAAAUAAUGGAUCUGGAGUCAAAUUCAAAGAGUUCAUCCAUUAUUUGCUGGACUCGCAUCGUCCAGUAGGAAUGGACAUUCACUGGGAAAAGGUCAGCAAACUCUGCUAUCCCUGUUUGAUCCACUACGAUUUUGUAGGGAAAUUUGAAACUUUGGAAGAAGACGCCAAUUACUUUUUACAGCUGAUCGGAGCUCCAAAAGAACUGAAAUUUCCCAACUUUAAAGACAGGCACUCUUCUGAUAAAAGAACCAACGCUCAGGUGGUGGGACAGUACUUAAAGGAUCUGACUAGAACUGAGAGACAGUUAAUCUAUGACUUUUAUUACUUGGACUAUUUGAUGUUUAAUUAUACAACUCCAUUUUUGUAGUCUGCUUUCUUUUUCUAAAACUCUGUAUUGACUUUAUGCCGAUGGCCUCAAAUCAGCUAGCUGUAACUUUCCUAUAAUUCUCUGUAUGAAAAAAAUUUAACUAAGUGCAGUUGUCUUGAUUGAAUGAAGAUUUUUACCAAAUAGUAUGAAACCAAUUGGCACAAAGUUAUAGGAAAAUUACCUAACAGAGACAUGUAAACAACUUCAGUUACUCUAGAAUGUUUGGAAAAGAGCUGCUUUUGCAUUAUGGAUUAUAUUAUAGAAGCAAUAACCUAGCCAGCUGCUACAUAAGCUACAACUGCCUCUUUCAAGGGUAGGAAAAACGAUUGAAAAUAGCAUGAGUGUAUGUCUCCAUCCUGGAAUCUGUUGUCUAAAGCGCAUGGAGAUAUUUUUAGCAGUCUGUGGCAUAUGAAUCAAACAUUGGAUAGUUUCCUUACACCCCUGGAAAUGUUUCCAUCAACUGUAAUGAUAAAUCAAUUCUGAAAUGGCAUUUUGGACCAGAAUGUUUUACUUAGAUUGAAAGGCAUUAUGUGAUUUACAAUAUGAGAAUAUAGCAGAAAAACCAGAUGAGGCAAUGGCUUUUUAUAUUCGACAGCCAAUAAAAAAUGCACAACAUGCUAAGAUCAAAGCAACAAAAACAACCUUCCUCGUCCAGAAAAACUUAAGGGAAUUGAUUCUGUUUUCUUUUGAGCCUUUUGCAGAGACAAAAUGAAUGGCAUCACUAAAGGUCUUCCCUUUUGAAGCCCGAGAUGGAGAAGUUUAACCUUCAUCAGAUACAAAAUGUGCUCCUUAUUCUGGUUUAAUUGGGCAGAGGGGAAAUUGUUUCAGGAUGGAAUAAUCAUCAAAAACAAAAGUUACCACUCUGAAUAUAGAUCUCAAAUGAUAACAAAGUUUUAUAAGAAAAGCAUCAAAAACAAAAGUUGCCACUCUGAAUAUAGACCUCAAACAAUAACAAAGUUUUAUAAGAAUAUUACUUGAAUCAAAGCAUCAUGUGCAUAGCUUUAGAUGGGAAUGUACUCUAAGAAUAGCUUUUGUCUAAUUAUUCAGCUUGGGAAUGAUUUUUUAAAAACUAAUAUACCACUUCAAAGAUAGAUUACAUUCUACAGAAUAAACAGGAGAGCCCCUAGAAAAGUUUUUUUAAUAGGCUUAUGCAUAAACAAAAUAUUUUUCUUUUCAAGUUUAUUCUCUAACAGAAUCAAAUACUAUUGUAUUCAUAUAGUCAGAGUCUUAGGUAAAUAGGACUAUGUGUCACCCCUAUGAAAAGCUGUAAUGCAUUUUGGAAAUUUUUUUCCAAGAGACCCUGAACUGGUAAAUGCACUUGGAUGGGAAAUCUAAUUGGCCGACAAUUACACAGAGUUAAGCAAACCACACAUUCAAACCCUGUUUAAACACUUUUCUUAAAUACAUUCCUCUCCUCCAACUAUCUUUUUUUCUUGUCAGUAAAUAUUGAGCAAUGUCUCUCAAAGAAAAGGAGGUAUUAAUAUUUGAAUAUUAAUAGACCAACAUAGCUACACUCAUGCUUAUUUCAUUUUGACUUUCCAUUUCAUGGCUGAGUUUUCAUGAAUUGAUUCCCUCUUAACACUCGCGUGCCCCAUUCCAUCUGUCUCCUGAGGAGAGGGGAACUGCAAUGGGCCGCCAGAUCAUAAGUACUAAACCUUCUAAAACCCAACUUUUACUACUUUUCCACUCCAUUUACUCUUGCCUCUAAACCAUGCACUUAAGCUGUGCUCUCUGUCUUUGCAGAGUUUUACUCGAGUCAUCUAAAUGAUAUCAUUUAGAUUUUGCUAUACCGUGUAGAGAGGAUUCCCAGUCACUUAGAGACAUUGAGCUUAGCUUUUUAUGGAGGAAAAGAGAGAAAGAAUAGAAAAUAUGCCAAGAAGCCUAACAUUUUAUGCCUAAACUACACAAAACUUGUUUUACAUGGGUUUGAUAUAAAGGGGAGAGGCAGUUUUCUCAAAGUUACUCUUGAAACCAUAUAAAGAACAAAAAACCUUUCUGUUCAUAACUUGGAAAGAAGGUGGAAAUGAGGAUCCUGUCUCUUAUUAGCAUCUCUAAUGCACUUGAAA